AUGACGGUGUUUUUGGGUGUUUACCAGGCGCUUUACGAUUAUUCUGCGCAAACAGAUGAGGAACUAACUGUCAAAGAGGGUGAUCUAUUGUAUCUUUUAGAAAAAUCUAGCAUUGAUGAUUGGUGGACCGUUAAGAAGAGAGUUAUCGGAUCUGAUCAGGAUGAACCCGUAGGUUUGGUCCCCAAGACAUAUAUUGAAGAGGCUCCAGUGAUUGGGAGUGUAGUUGCGCUUUACGAUUAUGAACAAGUUCAGAAUGCCAAUGAGGAAUUGGUAUUCCAUGAAAACGAUACGUUCCAAUUGUAUGACGAUAGGGAUGCAGAUUGGUUCUUGGUGAAGAAUACCAAGAAUUCAGAGGUUGGGUUUGUGCCAGGUAAUUACGUGGAAAAACAAUCGCAGCAAGCUGGAGGUCCCGCUGCAGGAGUUACACAGUCUAAGCACCAAGCCCCAGCUGUUCUACCCCUUUCUGAACUUCCAGCUCCACCUCAGAGGUUGGACAGAGUCAAUUCUCAACCAUCAUUCAGAAGCGGAUCUACCCCUGCUGGCGCUGCAAGUACAGCAGAUGCUCCAGGAGCUCCAUCUACAUCGACACCACCACCAGCAUCAAAUGCAGGCGUUGCGUCUCAUACAACUAUGCCAGUUGAUGUUUCACUGCUCCCUCCACCUCCAAAGAGAAACGAUACGGCAACCACAGAAGUCCAGCGUGAGUCAGCAGUAGCAGAACCUCCAGCAAUGCCUCAAAGACCUUCUAAUACUGAACACCAAACAAGUUAUCGUGAUGACCCAAGAGACAAUAAUAGAACUUCCCAAAUAACUAGAGAUUAUUCAGAUGAUGAGCGUGAUUACGAUUUCGAUGACGAUGAGGAAGAUCAACCUCCACUGCCAUCUAGAAAUGGAAGACCUUCAGCCUCGACCGCUGAACAUGUUUGGUCUGUUAGUGAGGUUGAUGGUCGUAAGAAAUGUAAAGCUACGUUGACUGUUUCUGCUGAACGUAUUCAUUUCUUCUCUGCAAAGACAAAAGUGGAUCAAGAAUGGGCAGUUAAAGAUUUGAUCAACUAUAACAAUGAAAAAAAGCAUCUAUUUCUUGAAUUUAAAAACCCUUACAUUAACUUGGAAUUGCAUACUGGCUCUAACGAUCUGGCUAACGAGAUCAUGGGCGUCUUGGGUGAGAUUAAAGGUGCCCAGACAGCAGUUGGGUUACGUGAAGUUGAAGCUGCUUCAAGGCCUGCCAUGACCAAGAAAAGAGCUAAAGCUGUAUAUGACUUUUUCGCUAACUCUCCUGAUGAACUCACCGUUAAAGAAGGCGACUACAUUAAUAUCUUAGAUGACAGGACUUCGAAAGACUGGUAUAUGUGUGAAUCUGUAGAAACAGGUAAAAGAGGCAUUGUCCCCGCACAAUUUGUCGAAACACGCGGAUCAGGCUCAUCAAGGCCUUCUGAUGAAAGCCCUUCUAGGAGUAAGUCUAAGACCAGAUCCAGAUCUAACACUUCUAACUUUACUCAAAAUUUAGUUGGCAGCUGGAAAGAGGAUGCUGAUCAAGAUGUAUCGAAGAAAAAGUCUAAAACUUCGAGCUUUUUCUCCAAGAAGAAGAAAACUGAUGAUAAAGAGUUCCCUGAUCCUAAAAAGGUUAGAAUUUGGGUAGACAGAAGUGGUACUUUCAAAGUUGAAGCACAGUUUUUGGGCUGUGUCGAUGGGAAGGUUAACUUACAUAAGGUGAACGGUGUGAAAAUUGCUGUUGCUGCAGACAAAUUGUCCGAAGAUGAUAUUUUGUAUGUGGAAAGAUUGACGGGUAUGUCUAUGGAGAAAUUCAAACAUAAACCCAAGAGUUCAAAUAAUGACAGUAGUGCAGUAAACGCAGAACGUGAAAGAAGAAGAAAGGCUAAGGAGCGUGAACGGGAACUUGAAGAAAGAGAACGUGAUAGACAAUUAAGAGAGCAAGAACUUAAAGAGUUAAAGAGGGCUAGAGAUCUCUUGGAAAGCGAAAGAGAAAAGCUGAGGAGUGCACAAGACAAAGAACUGCCACCUGUGAAACCACCAAGACCAGGCAGUGAAGCAAGCAAAACGCACCCUGUCACAAAGAGCUCCAAGAAUCCCGAAUACGAUUGGUUCGAAUUUUUCUUGAAUGCUGGUGUUGAUGUCAACAAUUGUCAACGCUACACCAUUAAUUUCGAAAGAGAGCAAAUUAGUGAAGAAAUCUUGCCAGAUAUCGAGCCUUCUUUAUUAAGAAACUUAGGUCUACGUGAAGGUGACAUUUUAAGAGUAAUGAAGUAUCUAGAUAACAAGUUUGGCAGAACAAAGGAGGCUUCUCCAUCAACUGGAUUGUUUACUGAAGCCGAUGGAUCCUUGAAGGUUAACCAUACAGGUGCUCCCGCAUCUGCAGGCGUAUCUCAUAAUCUAUUACCAGAUAGUAAUUCAUCGAAUAGAGAUGAUGAUGCAUGGACUGUUAGACCUGCUGCUAAAGCCAGCGACAGCUCCAACAAGGCUCAGGAUUUCUCUGGGUCACUUCAAGAUUUGCUUGAUUUGCAACCUUUAGAGCCGAAGAAGAAAGAAACACCAGCUCCAGAUGUCAAGCAUCUAGAAUCUGUCACCACUAACGGUUCGAAUAAAAAGGAAGAAACCCCUCUGUCAGCAAAUAAGACGGGUACUUCUUUGGUUCCAUUAGAUCCAUUCAAAACUGGUGGUAAUAAUCUAAUCCCUAUUACUACAGGGGGAUUCAUUAUGAUGCCAGUAGCAACAGGCGGUUUAAUGCCAUUCCAACCGACUGGGGGGCUAGUACCUCUGCAAAGGACUGGAGGUAUGAUUGCACCUCAAACAACGUUUGGUAUGCAACCAACAGGUACUGUCUUGCCAGUUCAAAAGACUGCGAACGGUUUGAUACCAGCGAACACUGGAGGGUUGAUGCCACAAACGACGUUUGGUGUACAACCCCAAACAGCAUUCCCCGCUACAACCUUUGGUUCAAGUAUCACAGGAGGCGCAAUGCCUUUACAAAGGACUGGUGGUGCCUUACCUCCUACUUCCUUCAACACGCAAAUGCCCGGUGCAAUGCCAUUGCAAUCAACUAACACAUUUGGUAAUCAAUUAACUGGAGGUGCUAAUUUGCUGCCUUCCACCACUUUUGGAAACCAAUUUACUGGAGGUGCUAAUCUACAACCUGCUACCACUUUCGGAAACCAAUUCACAGGAGGUGCGAAUAUACAGCCGGCUACUACCUUUGGGAACCAAUUCACAGGUGGAGCGAACAUCCAGCCAAACUUCAAUUCUGGGAAUCUAUUUACCGGCAAUCAAAUGAACAUACAACCCCAGACAACGUUUGGUAAUCAAUUUACAGGUGGUAUCAAUUUGCAAAACCAACCAAGCCUCGGAAAUCAACUUACUGGCGGCGCUCUUCUUCAACAAUCUCAGCUCUCCUUCGGCAAUCAAUUAACUGGUGGUGCUAAUGUUCAACAACCGUUCAAUAGCAACCUACCACAAACUUCAUUUGGUUUAUCUCAAACUACGACUGGUGGAUUCCAGCCACAAUCGUCAUUUGGUAUCAAUUUACAAAGAACCGGAGGUAUGAAUACAGCACCUCAAACAUCAUUCAAUAACCAAGGAGGUGUCAAUCAAGUAACAAAUUCCUUCCAGAAUAUGAAUUUGUCCCAGCAACCACUGCAGAAUCAGCCAACUGGAUUCGGUUUUGGUAACGGUCCACAAGCUCAGCAACAAAGACAAGCAAAUAUCUUUAAUGCGUCAUCCAGCAAUCCGUUUGGAUUCUGA